AUGUCUCAGCCGAUCGAAUUCGGUGAUAUCUCGAGGGCGGCCGCGGAGGCCAUUGACGGCGACCGCCUGCCGUUCCUGAAGGCCUUCUUCCAGGAGUGUCCCUUCACCAUCAACACCGACCCGCGGGUCGUUGACAUAAUCAAGGAGGCUCAGGAUGUAGCUACACCGGUCGGGCAGCUGUUCAUUGUGAUGAACGGCGCCCUGGAGAUUCAGAAGAACAAUGCCGACAACCGACUCGACGAUGCGGUGGCCAAGGGCAAGGAGCGCCUCAAUGCCACCGCCGCCCGGAGCCAGCUUUUCGAGAGCGAGAGGGACAGGCUGAGAAUCCAGCUGCAAGAGUAUCUCAAUACGAACAUCAACCUGGAGAGCCGGAUCACCAGAGUCACGACUCAGCUCGACGAGGCCAAUGCUAGAGUGCAAGCCAUCAACACCCAAUUGCAGACUGUCACCACUCAAAAAGCCGUUUUUGAAGCGCAGGCACGCGAUGCCGUCACCCAGAAAGCCCAACUCGAGGCCCAGAAGACCACGCUCGAGAUCGAGCUCCAGCAGGCCAGUGCGACGGCCGCAGCGACCAUCCCGCUCCCGGCGAACCCAGUCCCGGAGCCACAGAACGCGCCGCCGCAGCACCCUGCACCGCAACCGGCUCCCGGUGCCCAAAGCAACAUUGACCGGCUUACGGCCGCGAUCAACAACCUCGCCGGCAGCCGGGGCGGCGACGGGAACGACACCAACAUGCCGCAUCCGACCCCUUUCACAGGUAGUGACAUGGAUUCAGUUGCUCGCGCCCAAGCUUUUCGCACCUGGAGGGGCCAGAUCACUGCGCGUUGGAACGCGCGCCCCCAGGAAUUCCUCACGGAGCGCGCCAAGAUCAUCUACGCGGCGUACAUGCUGGGUGGCGCUGCAGCCGACGGCGUCUCCCACGGCUUGGCAAUCAUCAACGCCAACCCACACAACAUGAACGUCUGGGAGUGGAAGACUGGUGAAGCGUUCUUGGAGCACCUUGCUAGCCGCUACGCCACCGUCGACCUUGCCCAGAUUGCGGAGGGUCGGCUCCAUGAGCUUAAGCAGAAGGGCAAGUUCGCCCGAUUUACCGACUUCCUUGUUGAAUUCACGAAUCUCACCGACAUGGCCCGUUGGGACGGCGCAUCGCGCGUUCGCGCUCUGAAGGCCAAGAUGGACUCGGAAAUGCUGGACAAGGUGGCCAGCCAGAUCAAUACUCCAGCGGACGACGAUUUCCCCGGUUGGGCAGGCAUGACCCAGAAACUGGCGACCAACAUUGAGAACGCAAAGGUCCUGCGUGGAAUCGCCGGUCCCAGCGGCAACAACCAAAACAACGGCAAUAACAACAACAACCGGAAUAACAAUGGCGGCAACGCGGCGGGCGGCGAUCCCAUGGAUCUGGAUGCCAUCAAACUCGCCGUCACCAAGCUGGACCCCGCGGAACGGCAGCGUCGUCUGGAUGAGAACCUUUGCUUGCACUGCGGCAAGCCGGGUCACCGCAUGAUGCAGUGCAGGAGCCUCAGCCGCAAGGGCGACAACCGUGGCAGCCGCGAUGGCGGUCGGCAGCAGGGCUACGGCCAAGGCUACAACAACCAGGGUUACCAGGGCGGUUACCCGCAGCAGACUCCGGCCUCGUUCGGAAACUACGGAGGCAGUUACUACGGCAACAACGGCUACAGCCAGCAGUUUGUCCAGCCUCGCGGAGGUGCCCCGCGUGGUGGUUACGGCCGCGGCGGGUAUGAUCAGCAGCACCUACGUCAAUUUGACAUCCCGCAAGUCAACGUUUUGAAUCCCGGGUUCAUCAUCCCCGAGACCGGUUCCACGAACGGCGAUUACAACCACGGAGUCCAAUACUCUGGUCCUCAUGUUCAUUGGGACAAGGGCACCGACAACCAGUCGGAAAACGAAUCAGGAGCAUCAGCCCAGCUGCAGAUUAGCGCAGUUGGCUCGUUAGCGAAAUCGAUCACGUUGUCUUCUUACAUUGACCUUGGUCAAUGCCGUGGUAAAUGCCUUCCCCCCAACGUUGACGAGCAGGAGGCUCCGUGCGCGGUAGCUGCCACGCCCUCACCAUAUCAAGCCACGGUCGAGGAGGUGGAGGACGAGGGCGAGCCAAACUGGGAACCGGAAACCAACAACAGACUGUCGGAGGCGGCCCGCGCCAGAAGAUCGAGGCACAGGCGCGAAUGGCGUCAACGAGCGCGAGAGCGAGAGAUCAAGAAACGGGCGUUGACCGAAGGCCCGCGUUGGACCCAAGCGCCGCCGGGCGCCCGGGCGGUGAUGGUACCGAACACACCGUCGCGAAAGCCGCUGCCCAGCCGCUUGGCCGCAGGGUCCCGGAAACCAGCUUUGAAACCAAUUUUGAAGCGCCGGCCGCUCACCACGCCGAGGCGGGAGAAGCUCAACGCGGCUGACUUGCGGCUACUGAGCACACCGAAUUUCCUACUCCUGGCGCGCCAGAAGGGCGUUACGGUGAUGCGGACCACCUUGGCCGAGCUGGAAGAGGCCGCUCGCAGCGCGCCUGCCAUCCACUUGCCCGACUUACCGGAAGAGUUCUUCCUGGACCUUUUGAAGCGGCGGGGCAGGCCGGAAGACUACACUUCCCGGCUGCCUACCGAAUUCUUCACGACUUCGUCAAUGACGCGUUCGCUGACAUCGAAAUUAUGCGCAAGAUCACCGAGGAAGAUGCGACCAAGUUCUUCGCCAAAGCUGACAAACCCACUUUGA